UGGAGCGACCUCGCGCGCGCGGCGGCGACGGUGGACGUCCUCGCGUCGUUCGCGUCGUUCGCCGCGACGCACGACGGCCCGACGUGCCGCCCGACGUUCGUCGACGCGGAAGGCGGCGGCGCCACGCUCGAGCUCGAAAACGUGUGGCACCCGUGCGCGGUCGCCGGCGGGAUGUUGCGAGGACGCGCCGGCGCCGGCGGGACGAGCGGGAUCGUCCCGAACGACGUCGUCCUCGGGGACGUCGCGCGCGAGACCCCGCGCGCGAUGCUGCUCACGGGCGCGAACAUGGGCGGCAAGUCCACGCUGGCGACGUGCGUCGCCGUCGUCCUCGCGCACGCCGGCGCGUUGGCGCCCGCGUCGCGAUGCGUCUUGUCCCCCGUCGACGUCGUCUUCACGCGGCUCGGCGGCGCGGGCGAUCGCGUCGCGACGGGCGAGUCCACGUUCCUCGUGGAGUGCGCGGAGGCGGCGGUCAUCCUGCGCGAGGCGACGCCGAGCUCGCUCGUCGUCGUGGACGAGCUCGGCCGAGGCACGAGCACGUUCGACGGCUACUCCGUGGCCUUCGCGGCUUUUAAAAAGCUCGCGCUCGGCGUCGGGUGCCGGACGAUGUUCGCGACGCACUUCCACGGCCUCGCGCGGGAGUUUCGCGCGUCGCCGGACGUGCAGCUCGCGCACAUGGCGGCGACCGUCGCGGACGCGGGCGGCGGCGAAGACGACGCGCGAGGAGGGGGCGGCGGCUCCGCGAUCGCGUCCGCGGCGGCGCCCGCGCCUCCGCCGAUCACGUUCCUGUACAAGCUCCGCCCCGGCGCGUGCCCGAAGAGCUACGGCGUGCGCGUCGCCGCGCUCGCGGCGGUUCCGAAGGAGGUGUUGAAG